AAGAAUCCGGGCCGCGCCGCCUCGUAGGCCGUUUCCAGAAGAACCCGGCCGCGCUUUGAGCUCUGAGGGGGGUUAAAAUGCCCGAGAUCAAGGUGACGCCGCUCGGCGCCGGGCAGGACGUGGGGCGCAGCUGCAUCCUGGUGUCCAUCGCGGGGAAAAACGUGAUGCUGGACUGCGGGAUGCACAUGGGCUACAACGAUGACAGGCGCUUUCCUGACUUUUCCUACAUUACUCAGAAUGGGAGGCUGACUGACUUUCUAGACUGUGUGAUCAUCAGCCACUUCCAUUUGGACCAUUGUGGAGCUCUCCCCUAUUUCAGUGAGAUGGUUGGCUACGAUGGGCCCAUUUAUAUGACACAUCCUACCAAGGCCAUCUGUCCUAUCCUCCUGGAGGACUACAGGAAAAUAACUGUAGAUAAGAAAGGGGAGACCAACUUCUUCACGUCCCAGAUGAUUAAGGACUGCAUGAAAAAAGUGGUCGCUGUGCAUCUUCAUCAGACAGUUCAGGUGGAUGAGGAGCUGGAGAUCAAGGCGUACUAUGCAGGCCACGUGCUGGGAGCAGCCAUGUUCCAGAUCAAGGUUGGAUGUGAGUCGGUUGUGUACACUGGUGAUUAUAACAUGACACCAGACAGACAUCUAGGUGCUGCCUGGAUUGAUAAGUGUCGCCCUGAUUUAUUAAUAACAGAAUCCACCUAUGCCACAACUAUCAGAGACUCCAAACGCUGCAGAGAAAGAGACUUCCUGAAGAAAGUUCAUGAGACUGUGGAACGAGGGGGAAAGGUUCUUAUCCCAGUUUUUGCCCUUGGUCGUGCCCAGGAACUUUGUAUUUUAUUGGAAACGUUCUGGGAAAGAAUGAACUUGAAAGCUCCAAUUUAUUUUUCCACUGGACUGACAGAGAAGGCUAAUCACUAUUACAAGCUCUUCAUCACAUGGACUAAUCAGAAAAUCCGGAAGACAUUUGUGCAGAGAAACAUGUUUGAGUUCAAACACAUCAAAGCAUUUGAUAGAGCCUUUGCAGAUAAUCCAGGACCAAUGGUUGUGUUUGCAACACCUGGUAUGCUUCAUGCAGGGCAGUCCCUGCAGAUCUUCAGGAAAUGGGCAGGGAAUGAAAAGAAUAUGGUCAUCAUGCCGGGCUAUUGUGUGCAGGGAACGGUGGGCCAUAAGAUUCUGAGUGGACAACGCAAGCUGGAAAUGGAGGGAAGGCAAAUACUGGAAGUAAAGAUGCAGGUGGAGUACAUGUCCUUCAGUGCCCACGCUGAUGCCAAGGGAAUCAUGCAGCUGAUUCGCCAGGCUGAGCCACGCAAUGUCCUGCUGGUCCACGGGGAAGCAAAGAAAAUGGAGUUUUUGAAGCAGAAAAUAGAGCAGGAAUUUCAUGUCAGCUGUUACAUGCCUGCAAAUGGAGAGACCACGACUAUAUUCACCAACCCCAGCAUUCCAGUGGACAUCUCCCUGGGACUCCUGAAGAGAGAAACAGCAAUAGGUCUCUUACCAGAUGCCAAGAAGCCAAAGCUUAUGCAUGGCACGCUGAUCAUGAAGGACAACAGCUUCCGCCUGGUUUCUCCUGAGCAGGCCCUGAAGGAGCUGGGCCUUGCAGAGCACCAGCUGCGCUUCACCUGCCGUGUUCACAUUCAGGACCCGCGGAAAGAACACGAGACCGUGCUCCGUGUGUACAACCACCUCAAAGGGGUCCUGAAGGAUUAUUCAGUGCAGCAUCUCCCUGAUGGUUCUAUAACAGUUGAAUCCAUUCUUAUCCAAGCCACAGCACACUCAGAGGAUCAAGGAACCAAAGUUCUGCUCGUAUCCUGGACUUACCAGGAUGAAGAAUUAGGCAGCUAUCUCACAUCCCUGCUGAAAAAGGGACUGCCCCAGAGCACAUCUUGAGCCACAGAGCAGCAGGCACAGUUGGUGCUUCAGAAAAGUACAGAUCUUAUUUUGUUUACGUUAUUAAAACAGAACUAGAGAAACAUUUGAAAAAGGAA